AUGGGCCGGGAUCAACGAUAUCUCGAGGAGCAAUUGCAAAGGAGGGAAUCAGAAGUCUCGGAAUUGCGUCGGAAUCACCGCGAACUCGAAGCAAAAUUUUUCCAGCUAGAACGAGCUUUUCAAGUCAACUUGCAACUUCAGAACCGCCAAGAAGUCGAGUUUAAUCGCGUAAAACUGGAAAAUCAGGAACUUCGAGAAAUCAACGAUGAAACCUUACGGGUGAGAACGGAGCUGAAUUCCCGAUUAAUGAACGCAACGAUCGAGAAGGAUCAUUGGAAAAAUGCUUUUCUGCAACAAAAGGAAUUCAUCAACAGCAAUAACAUUGAACGUAACAACACGGUGGCAGAGGUUAAACGAGAAUGCGAGGAUAUUUUGAAGACGACUCGAGAAACGGCGGAGAAACAAUUUCAAGAAUUGGUCGAGUUAUACAAUGGAACCAAAGAAAAGCUGACCCGAUCAGAGGAGGAAAUAGGAACGUACGAAUCCUCCCGGCAGGAAUACGAAAAUCGAACUUUCGAACUGGCGAACCUGCUUGAAACUUUAAAACGUUUCGAGGUGGAUGUCAACUCUGUCUGUCAGCUUGUGGCGGAAGCUUUGAAGAACUUGACCGAACAAGGAAACGUAUACGAGGAGAGCAUGAAGAAUCUGAGGCAUCUCGUUUGGACCACAAAAGACAGAAAGGAUGAACCGGAGUUGAUUUUAUUAAGGAAGCAGAAUUCCGUUCUGAGGGAACUUGUGAAAAGUCUCAAAAGGAAAUUUCAGGUAUUACAAGAAACUCACAACGAGACUGUCAAAAGAGCAAACGAACAGCGUGCCGAAGUUACAUCUCAUGAUAUUGAAGUAAAUUCGCAAAAUUGUGAAGAAAACUUACCAAAACAGAUGACGUUGGAUAAGGAGUACGCUUCAAACACAAAAAAUCACAGAAAUUCGUUAAUUAAAGACAAUAAUCACAACUUUAAUACGGAGAAUGAUGCAAAGACGCGCGAACCGACUAAGGCGCUCGAGAACUACAAUCGAAGGAGCGAAUUCGAUAUCGAGAGUAGCGCGAUCGAUAAGAGCGGGAGAUUACUUCAUAUUGAAUCGCAUACGAACGGCGUGCUUUGCGAGGAGUACAUACUAAAGUUAUCGAAAGACCGUGAAAUAAAAAUUAAAUAUCCCGUUUUUUUGAGUAAUAGUGAGAUACCAGUGAAAAUAGAAUUCGUCGAUGACGAGAACGAAUAUGAAAAAACAUUAUCGGACGGGAUGGUGAUAUUAUUUAAACAUAUAUACGCGUUUGUGAAUGUGAAACAAACCGGGAUACCCUGCAGCACUCAAACAGCCAAAACGAAAACCAUCAACAAUUUUGCCCAAACUGCAAUGACCGGAAUCAAUUCGUUUUCACGUCUGAAUGUUGGCGCCACGGUUCCCUCGAUCUUGAUACCGAUACAACGAGCUCGUCAUACGAGCAGUGGAACACGUAUUUAUCCUCGGCAGCGUACACCCAGGGUACACGGAUAUCUCGCCUCGAGGGCGGUUACACAAGGAUAAUAAUUAUCGUCCCGGCGUACCAGAAGAGUCGUGAGCGGUGCUGAUCAAACGAGUCCGCCGAACGAGUCGUUGGA